GCGCGCUCUCUGUCGGUCAGAGUGGUCACUGCAGCAGCAGCAGCAGCAGCAGCGAAGCAUCAGAGCAGACCAGAACCGAACCGAACCGACGCUACGCACGAAUCAUGUCUGACGACGAGAACCUGCCGUCUGGAUGGGAGAAGCGCAUGAGCCGGAGCUCAGGGCGAGUGUAUUACUUCAAUCACAUCACGAAUGCGAGUCAGUGGGAGCGUCCGAGUGGAUCGGGGGCUGACGGGGUCAGUGAGGUGGAGAAGGUGCGCUGCUCUCAUCUGCUGGUCAAACACAACCAGUCACGCCGACCGUCCUCCUGGAGAGAGGAGAACAUCACACGCAGCAGAGACGAGGCACUGCAGCUCAUCCACAAGUACAUCGAGCAGAUCAAGUCUGGCCAGGAGGACUUUGAGAGUUUGGCGUCUCAGUUCAGUGACUGCAGCUCAGCGAGGAACGGAGGAGACCUGGGCUUGUUCGGCCGAGGUCAAAUGCAGAAGCCGUUUGAAGACGUCUCGUUCGCGCUGAAGGUCGGAGACAUGAGCGGCCCGGUGUUCACCGAGUCAGGAGUUCACAUCAUCCUGAGAACCGGAUGACCUCUCCUGCACGCCUCCAUCCGCUCAUCCUGCAGAUAACUCACACAUUACACACACUUUCCCAGGACUCCCUAUCUUAAUCUGUUUCCCUCGGCUUGUCAGAGCUGCACGUUUAGUCCUUCCUGUAUUUCAGUCAUCGUACAUGUUACAGAUCCCUUAUGACUGGCUGUGAAUCCUGCAUCUCUACCCAGCAUUCCUUCAUCCAGCUAAACACUCGCAUGAUCUGCUGUCCGGACAGUAGACGAUCGUAUGACACCUCUCCAAAAAAUGACCAAUAAAAUUGACCAUGUCACUGAAUAAAAUGCUCCUGUUUUAUCUCAAAGCAUGAAAUUGUGUUUAGUGUUAGCUGAGUAAAUCACUUUUUCUGGUAACAUGCAAAACCUCUGUUAGACUCUCUUCUGUGCUGUUCUUUUGAGUCAAGUGCAGCUGGGAAUGUGUUGCAAUUGUCCCGAAACGAGACCAAUGUCUGGGUGCAUAAUGUAAUAAAACAACUAUUAGGAAGUCCGUUGUUUAUCAAACCCUAGAUGGAUAUUUCUGAUCAUUGGUACGAUGGGCUUCGUCUAGUCUCGCCGCUCCAUUGUGAAUGAGGAUGAAUCACUGAAAGCAUGUAGUGUGUUAGGGUUGUUUUGGCAGAUCUUCUGACCGAGUACACAGUGGCUUGAGCAAUCCAAUGUUUUAAAGUCUUUGCACAAUCCAGUUUGCUCCUGUACAACGACAACAGACGUGAAGUCACCAAAUCAGUGAUUUGGAAAGUUUGAAUGGAGUGUGUGUGUAAAAUAAAGCAUUCUGAUCAGCUGAA